UAUUAAAAAAACAAGAAAAAAAAAACAGAGAGAUUGUAAGUACAAACCAACCCAACAUUUUGGUGGCUACCGACCGCUAUGCCAUUGGUGUAACUGAAACAACAACUUCCUUUUCUCACUAAACUCAACUCCCAACUCCGACCUCAUCAUCUUCAUCACCACGGCUCAAUGGAUAGCAUUGUUGAUUCUCUAAAUACUGCAUACCAAGAUUUUGUUGCUGCAGCAGCAACUGUUCUUGAAGCCAAAGAAAGUGCAACCCCGAAUAAAACAGCAGCAACCGAUACCGCUCUUGAAAGCUUUAAGCAAAAGUGGGAAUUGUUUAGAGUAGCGUGUGAUCAAGCCGAGGAGUAUGUGGAGUCUGUCAAGCAAAGGAUUGGAUCAGAGUGUUUAGUUGACGAGGCUACCGGGCAUGUGGCAGGAAAGGUUGGACAAGCUACCAUGACUAGUCUUCCACCGAUCAGUGCGGUUCGCUUGGAACAGAUGAGUAAAGCGGUUCGUUGGCUUGUGAUUGAAUUGCAGCAUGGCUCUGGAGCUGGUUCUUCUAGUUCAGCUCUUUCGCAUCCCUCAGCCCCUUUUGAUGCCAGGUUUUCUGAAGAUUCUGCUCAGUAGCAUUUUUUUUUAACUGAUUAUUAUAUGUCUGUUUCGGAUUUAGUUGUUCCAAGAUUGCGUUACGGUUUUUUCUGAUUAAGUUGUUUUCUAUGUAGUAAGUAGCUGUAUUUUAAAGUAUGUAACUUAUGUGCAAUGUGCAUGACACAAUACUACUGGUGUUUUACUGUUAUGUAGUUCAUAAAAUUACUAUAACUGAUAA